AUGUGUGGGAUCCUUGGUAUCUUAUUGGCCGAGGAGGUCCCAUCUGGAGGGCUUGGAUCUUGGGCGGUUGAUGCGCUCACCAAGUUGCAGCAUCGGUGAGUAUUAUCGUUAUGCUUUACCAACAAUUUGCUGUUAUAUUUUAUAUAUAUUGAUAUUUUAGAGGAACAGAAAGCUCCGGUCUCGUUGGGACUGACGGCAAAGAGCAGAAUCACUUUGAAAUUGUAAAAGGUCAUGGUCUUGUAAGAGAUGUCUAUACCUCAGAGAAUCUCAGUAAAUUCAAUGGUAAAUGCUUGCAAAAAUUUAAAAAAUUUUAUUCGGUUGAACGACACUUUUAUCCUACCCAAAACUUCCUUCAGAUUGUGUUGCUUUGAUCGGCCACAACCGCUACUCAACAGCUGGAAUGAAAGCCGCCAUCAAUUGUGUCCAGCCUUUCCUCUUGCACACUACAAUUGGCCUAAUCGCCAUUGCUCAUAAUGGAGAAUUAGUUAAUGCCCAGCAACGGCGAGCAGUGGUUCUACGCGAAGGAAUCGGGCUUUCAACUGAUACGGACAGUGAAUUGAUAGGUCAGAUGAUUGCGAAAACCAUAGCUCAGAAUAUGAAAUGUCGCCAAGAUGUGCCCAAUGGAGAUAUUUCAAGGGUAAGGUGACUACGAUGUACUAUAUAGUAUUAUUGUUGUUACGCCUAUUGAAUGUUUAAUUUAUUGUGUUCAGGAACUCUCAGCAACAAUGUCAGCCAUGGAUCUCUCAUAUUCCCUGCUGGUUAUGACUUAUGAUCGUAUUUAUGCCCUCAGGGAUCCUUUUGGGAACAGACCUUUAUGCAUCGGGACGAUCAAGUCCGGAGACUCUACUAUCGGAUAUAUUGCUGCUUCAGAGUCUUGUGCUUUUCCUCCUGGCGCCGAGUUUCAUUCAGAAGUUGAGCCUGGGGAAAUGGUCGAGAUCAGCGCCAAAGGCGUCAGAUCUGUUUGGCAGGUAAGGAUCUUCUAAUUUAAAUGCAACAGUUUUAUGGGGUGAUUUGAAUGGGUGUCAUUUCAGAUGGUCCCUCGACCGAAUGCUUUUUGUAUAUUCGAAUACGUCUACUUUUGUCGAGCCGACACAUAUCUGGAAGGGCAACAAGUGUACUCCGUGAGGAAGGAAUGCGGGAAAAUCUUGGCCCAAGAAUCUCAUGUGGAAGCUGAUAUUGUGAGUACGGUACCCGAUUCGGCGACAGCGGCAAGCAUCGGAUAUGCGGAUCAGGUAAGAAAUCAAAUGAUUUUAUCCGAUAUUCAAAUAUUUUUUUUUAUUUUACGUUUUUCUAAUACUAAAAAAAAUUUCAGAGUGGGAUCCGUUACGAACAGAUCCUGCAACGGAACACCUAUGUGGGCAGAUCUUUCAUCCAGCCCACCUCCAAACUCCGUCAAUCGGCCGUCGAGAAGAAGUUUGGAGUGAUGAGAGAGGCGGUCAAAGGGAAGAGAGUCAUCCUUAUCGAUGACUCCAUUGUGCGUGGCAACACCAUGGCCACGAUAGUCCGGCUUCUCAAAGAGAAAGGAGCCAAAGAAGUCCAUCUUCGGAUUGCGUCACCUCCGUUGAGGCAUGCCUGUUAUAUGGGGAUCAAUAUCCCCUCCACCAAGGAGUUAAUCGCUUCAAAUCGGACAGUGGAAGAGAUCAAGGAGAAGUUGGGAGCGGAUUCGAUCAAAUAUUUGUCCGUUGAGGGCCUCAAACAAGCCGUUCAGACGGACUUAAAGAAACGGAAUGCCAAGAGUAUUGGGCAUUGUACGGCGUGUUUGACGGGGGAAUACCCCGUCGCGUUGGAGUUCUGA